AUGUUUUGGGUAAAGGUGGCAUUCACCAGCGCGCUUUGCGCCAUUCUGUUUACCGCAAAUGGGUUCGUUACGGCCGACCAAGGCGAUUGCGAGCUUCCUUCCGGACUACGUGAGGAAAUAGCUCAGUAUCAGCCGGUAGUGGACUCGAUUUUCCAACACAUCGUGUCGGGUGAGUAUGCGGGCAAAACCUGGCAGAGUUUGCUGGAGUUCACGGAUCGAUUUGGACCACGGCUUACCGGAACGAAACAGCUGGAGGAUGCGAUCGAUUAUGCAGUCCAGGAGAUGAUCGCAGAAGGACUCGAUAAUGUGCACACAGAGGAAGCUGUUGUGUCGCACUGGCAGCGCGGAAGAGAAUGGGCGGAACUGGUUGAUCCUUUUAAGAAGAAUUUGCCCAUGCUGGGACUAGGAAAAUCCGUCGGUACUCCUCCAGAAGGCAUUACAGGAGAGGUGAUUGCAGUGGAAUCAUUCGAAGAAUUUGAACAAUUUACUGUAGAGCAAGUGAAGGGAAAGAUUGUGGUUUUUGCUCCAGCGUGGGUUAGCUAUGGAGUGACGGGCCGUUAUCGAUACGAAUCAGCAUCAUUGGCAUCGAGAAAAGGUGCUGCCGCUGUUCUGAUACGGUCAAUGACGCCUUUCUCUAUUGGAACGCCCCACACUGGUACUACCCAAUACGAUGCGGAUGUACACCGUAUACCCGCCGCCGCAAUCACAGUUGAAGAUGCAAUGCUAUUGCUGCGAAAGUUCCGACGUGGGGACAAGAUGGUAAUCCAUCUUAAAAUGGACGCGUUCAAUCUGGAUCCAGCGAUAUCUCGAAAUGCAAUCGGUGAGCUGGAGGGGCAUACUUUUAAAAACACCUCCGUAGUGGUGGUUUCCGGUCACAUGGACAGCUGGGAUGUGGGAACUGGAGCUUCGGACGACGCUGGAGGUGUCUUUAUUUCAUGGAAAGCUAUAUCAUUCCUGAAGGCAAUGGGAUUGCGAGCACGUCGUACAAUUCGAGCCAUUUAUUGGACGGCUGAAGAGGUGGGCGUCGAAGGUGCUGAUGCCUACGAGAGGCAGCAUGCCGAGGACGAAAAGAAGGAAUUUAAUGUGUUUUUUGAGUCCGAUUCGGGCACGUUUGAACCUACUGGACUCGACUUUUCCGGAAACCACGCUGCACAGUGCAUUUUUGCAGAAGUAGCAAAAUUGAUGCCUGGGUUUGACGAAUUCACAUAUACAGAAGGAGUCGUAGGAUCAGACAUUGGCAAUUGGGUUGGAAGAAGGUUUCCAGGCGUAUCAUUGCGCAAUAAAAAUGAGAAUUACUUUUGGUAUCAUCAUUCUGAUGGCGAUACAAUGCAGUUGGAGGAUCCGGUUGCGUUAGACAGAAGUACCGCGCUAUGGGCCGCAACUGCCUAUGUGAUCGCCGACUUAAGCAUUGAUAUUCCGAAAGAACCUCUGAAUUACAAUUAUAGUUGA